AUGAGACCUAGCAGUUUGCGUCGAGACAGAUAAAAGCAAUAUAACUAUAUGACUUAAGAUGAGUACGAGUAAGAAUUAAGAAAGUAAGUAGAGGAGAAGAAGCGCUCUUAAUAGCAGGAGAAAAUGUAGAAUUAGCAGGAGAUAUUGAAUCAUUAUAAAAACUAUCAACUGGGAGGUGAUGAUUAAAGUGGAGAAGACCCAAGAUAUAUGAGAGACCUUGAUUAAUUAGUGCAAAACCGUGAGAGAGAUCUGUAAAGAAUGGGAGGUCUUGGAGGAAACAUAGGUGGUGCUCAUAAUGAAGUGUUUCAAGGUGAUAUGAAUGCUAUAGUUAGAGGAAAUUAGCCUGCUAAUAUAUUAGGAGGUGGAUAAGGAUUGAGUUUAGGAAUAGGAGGUGCUCCAGGAGGCAUUGGAUUAGAAAAGAAACCAUUCGAUUUGUUUAGUGAUAACUUCGUUUAGAACUAUGGAUAGUAAAAUAAGAAUAAUGAGAAUAUGAACAUUAUCAACAGUAUAUUCGGUAAUGCAGGAGCAGCUCCUUAAUCUUCCCACUAGCAUCAAGCUGAAAGCGAAAGAGAAAGAAGAUUGAAGCUCAGAGAAAUGGAAAGAAUGAAACGGUAAGAGGGUUUCAGUGGCGGUGACUACGGUUAAGUAACUGAUGUGCCUCCUAUUUCACAGCAGACUAAUUAGCCUUAGAGUUAUCUCUAGAACAAUAUAUUUGGAGAGUAAAAACCAACAUCCUCGAAUUAAAGCAAACGAGACCAAAUCUGGCAAUAAAAAUUGCAGCAAAGACUGGGAUCAUAAGAAGGGUAGAGAGUGCCUAAUCAUCAACCAGGUCCUAUCUUGCAAUAGCAGAACGUUUCAUAAAUGCUGCCCAUCUUUUAAAACUAAGGUCAACCCCCUAUUCAUAGUUAAGCAGAUAACAUGUAAAUGAUGUAAAACUAAUUUGCUUCUCCAGACGCUAACAUGAGGUCAUCAAGAGUGCUGGUUAACUUGAAAGAUGCCAGGAAACUAGAUUAAUCUCUAAAUGUUGAAAGCUCUAAAGAUUAGAAAGCAGGUGGAAAUAUGAAUAAUCCACUUUUAGGAGGAGAUGAUGAUUUAAUCAAGAAAAGAAGGGAAAAUGAAAAGAAGCAAAGGCAGUAGGAGUAUUAGGAUUUCCUGUAAAAAUAAAAUAAAGGCAAACCAAAUCAACCCAUCGUUUAGCAUAACUAAAAUCCAAAUGAUGUUUACCAAUAGUAAAAUGUGACAAUAACUACUGCACCUACAAGCGCUCAUUCAAACCACAGACCAUCUCACAGAUCUGGCAGUGAUGCAAGUGACAACUAAAGUAAUGUGCUCCUAAAAGGAGGUCUUUAGCAAUUAGGCAUGAAUCAAUAAAUAGCAAUGGAUGAUAAGCUCAGAAAAUAGAGAGAGUACAAGUAGAUGCUUGAUCUUUAGAAUCAGCAAAAGUAAAAUUCAUAGAUGCCCCCUGCAGCAUAUGACAGAAAGAAAGAAUUGAGUGAUUAGAUAUUUGCAGAAGUGAUGAGUUCAAGUAAGUAAAACUUCUACUAGCCAAUAGGAGUGAACCCAAUGGGCAAUUAAAUACCCUAAAUGAACUAGUUGAACCGCGGGUAGAGUGCAAUUACCUAAAAUAUUCAGCCAAAGCAAGAUCUCGAGUCUAAUAACUCAGCAGGAGGUAUUAUGAAAUACCAAUCUUCAGAGGAAGACUAGAAGCGACUAGCUAUGGAGAAAAAGAAAGAAUAUGCCAUGCAGUUGCAGCAACAAAUGGCUUUAAAGCAACAACAGCAACCGCAAGACAACAAAAGAAGAAGAGGCACAAGCCAAGUGGUGCAUCAACAGUAGUUAGUGCAUGAUCAUGGGUUUUAACCUCCUAAUCAAUACUAGCAAAUGCAGAAACCAGUGUUUGAAUACUAAUAGCCACCAAUGAUGCAGCAAUAGUAAAUGAUUGCCCCAAUGCAAAUGGGAGGAAUGCCUGAUCCUUUCAUGCAAAUGCCUCCAAUGUCUCAGAAUUUAUAUGGAGCCUAAGACAAUUUUGGAGGAGGCUAUCAACCUUCCUAUAUGCAAUAAAAUUAACUGAGUCCUACAGGCCUAGGACCUUCUAUUGGUUUUAUGAAUCAACCAUUAGGAAUGGGAAUGGACUAGCCUUAGUUCAAUUAGUAUUAGCCUUAGCAGCAGAUAUAAUAGUAAUAUCAACCUCAAACAUAACUAGAUCCAAAAGAUAUGGCAAGAUAAAAGCAAGAAGAUUAUAGGCGAGAGUUAGAGAUGUAAAUUAGACUUAAAGAAGAACAGAAAAAAUAGUAACAAAUAAGUCAAUAAUUGUACGACCAAAAGUAGGACAAAGACUUUGCAUAGUUACUCUAAAACCCAUAAAAUUAACCAUAAAGAAACGUUUCCAACCCAGCUAUGAAUGAUUAUGCUUAGCUUUAAAAUAAUCCUAGUUAAAUGAUGAUGUAAGGAGGAGGCGGAGCAGGUGCUCCUCCCCAAAACUAGAAUUUUUCAAGAUAAAGAACUGACGUUAGCAAGAUAAAUAAUAGUGACCAAGAUCAAAUGAAAGCAUUGAAAUAGCAGUAAUAUUAGGAAGAGUUGUAGAGAUAAAUGGAAGAGAAGAAGAGACAAAAAGAGGAAGAGAAAAGAAAGAUCAAAAUGGAAGAAGAUGAACUUGAAAGAAAAAUGCUUAUCGAAAGAGAGAUAUUAAAUCAGAGACAACACGAGGAAUUAGUGAAAGAUGGCAAGAGAGAUCCAAAUGCCCCUUACAUGCCAGAAAAGAAGAAGUAAGUGAGAAGAGAUCAAUUUGAACCUAGUUAAGAUAACCCUAAUGCUCCUCAGAGAUAAGGAUUCUAGCAGCCAUCAACUGAAAUAAGAUAAACUGAGAUAGCACCAAAAGAAUCCUUAUUCGGAAACGAUAAGCCUAGUUCAUAGGCUUUUGGGGGAUUCCCUAGCUAAAUCUAACCAUCCUUAGACCUGCCCAUGAACAAUAGAAGAGAAGAUCUGUUUGGAGAUAGAGGCAGAAUUGGUGGCUAAUCUCUUGAUAAUCAUAGUCAGUUUGAGUUACCUCCACCCUCCUAUGAGCCAAGAAGUAACUUUGGAGGGUUUUAAUCUUAAAAUCCGUAUGGUGGUUUGCAAGAUAGAUUCUAACCUCCUUCACAAUCUCCAUAUCAGAAUAACAACUAUGGACAGCCUCCUUCAAUGAUGUAGAAUCAGCAGUAAAUGCCACAAGCUAGUGUUGUUGAUGAACAGUCGAAACUGAUACAUAUGUAUCAAUCUGCUUUAGAGUAGAUAUUGCAAAUUAAAAAUCAGUUUUAUGACUAAGCUUUGCAAAUGAAUGAUAAACUUAUAAAGGAAAGAGAGUAAUUGAUUGAGUAUGAGAAGCUGAAACAGUAACAAAAUCAGGAAAUUUAAUCGCUGCAAGCAGUUUAUUCAUAACUAGGUUAGAUGAUGAAUCAAAGGCCUAUUAGCAGUAAUAGUAACAUAUCAAAUUAAUUCCCUCAGCAGAAUCCAAUUUUAAAUCCAAUGGUUCAAAACAAUCUUAAUAAUUUAAUUAGUCAAUAAAAAGCUGACAUUUUAAGAAUGAGCUAAAGCGGAGGUUUCAAUAUUAAUCAAAUAACAAAAUUAUAGUAAUAACAUCAUUUACCUUUGCACAUGAACUAGUAGUAGUAUCCAUAAAGUGUCUACACUCUUCCAAUAGUUGAAGAGUAACCUAAUAUCCUAGAAUAGUCUUUAUCAUCAGAUACUAAAUUUGUCAAUAUUCCUCAGAACAAACUAGCCUAAAUUGCUUAAUAAAAUACUUAAGGCUAGUUGUUUCAAACUUGGAAGCAAGAAUAAUUUUCGCAAAUGACACCUUAACAGUAGUAGCAGUUUAUAAAUCAACAACAACAAUAGCAACCAACAAUGAAUCAAAGUAUGAUGAAGUCGCUAGCAGGAACAUCUCAGCUGGUAAGUUAAUUCUAGUCUACUACUCCUCAAAAACUUAGUGCUUCAAAGCCUAAUAUGCUAGGCUUACAUUCUAGACCUUAGACUUCUGCCAAUCUUCCAGAGACAAUCGUUGAAUUACCAAAAGAAGAAGAUGUUUAAGUCAAUUAAUCCAAAUAGGGACUUAGCAUAAAAGAUCCUAAUGGCAAAUAGAUGAUAAAGAGAACUUCCUAGGAGGAGCAUGACUUCAAUAGUAGAGAAUCAUCCAAGAAGAACUCACCUGAGAGGUAGAUGCUUUCAAAGGUAGAAAGCAAAGCUUCUGACAAAAAUAUGGCUACUCUUUAACAGCAAAUGAUUACUAAUACUAAUCCCUUGGGUAAUACUACAACAAUUCAAGAAAACAUGCUACAGAUUGAAACUAUGCUGAAUGGCAACGGCAACCCUCAAGCACUUAAAACAGGUGGGAAUAGUUUGUUAAAUCAAAUGUAGCAGCAUCAGCAAUUUGCUUAAGCCUAGCAUCACAAUAACAUCAUUUCACCCAAUAAUAAAACAUAAGAGAAAUUCCAUAAUCAAACUGGCUCCUCUUUUUAUAAUCAGACUCUAUAGCAUUAGAAGCAGCAAGAAUAAUCAUAGAUGGAAGAACUGUAAAAGCAACUGAUGCGAAUCUUUGGCAAUACAAAUAAUAGUGAAUAGAAUCAAGGCAUUUUAGAGUAAAUGCAACAAAAACCUGCUACACCUCUAGUAAGAUAGUAACAGUAACAGCAGUAAAAUCAAUCAAAUGCUUAGUAAUAACAAAUUUCCUAUGAAGAUCAAGAACUUAAUGAACAACAGCAAAUGUAACUCAGAUAAUACUAAUAGUAAUAGUAUUAAAUGCAGUAGUAAUAAUAGUAUCAGCAAAUGAUGAUGCAAUAAUAGCAGUAGUAACACUAACAGUAUCCACUGAACUCUUCAAAUAAUCAGUUUAUGAAUCCUCUUCAAAGAGCUAGUUAUAAUGAAAAGCUGAAUACCCAAACAAUGAGUCCAGGUGAGAAGGAUUUACUUAGGGCUAGCAAUAUAAAUAUUGCUGAUUCAGUUACAGGCACUCAAAAUAUGCAGGAAAUAGUCAACAAAGCUAAUUAAAAGUUUUCAAGCAAUGGUUUCUAUGCCAAUCAACUUUAAUUUGAUAAUCAUAAUAAAGAUGAGAUUAAGACUCAUGUGGAAGAUGAUAUAAACAGAGAUGAGAGUGAUGACGAGGAAGUCAAAGAGAUUGCUAUGAAUGAUAAACCACUCAUCCAGGACUCUAUGAAGUAUUAAUAAAGCCGCUAGAAUUUGAACAGAGUGGAAGAGUCAACUCAGUAAGAUGUUUGGAACGACCCAGACCUGAUUCCUCCUCCAGUUGUUAUGAUUAAUAACGAUGAUGAUGAUUAUUACUACGAACCCCAUAUCAACUAAAGUGCUUUAGGCUAGUAUAACUAGUACACAAGCAGUAUGAUUCAAGAUGGUACUCUAAAGAAUUUGCAGAUGUUCAGUCCACCUAGCGAUGAAAACAAUUACAAUCUAGGGCAGUAUGAAAGCUAGCAUCUGGGUGAAACACAAAAUGAACACGACAAUGAGGAUAAUCAGCACUAUGGCUCCUAGUUCACAAUGACUCAGAACAAUAUGAAUGAGAUUACCAAUUAGGCUAACCAGUUUAACUUUGGACUAGGUGGCUAAGGUGGAAAUUAGUACUAGUAAUAACAAUAGCAGCAAGUCAUGCACCCAGUAUUUAUGGAGACUAAUGAUUUCCAAAGGAAUUAGCAGUAGAAUCAGCCUUAGUUUGAACAGUCACAAAAUGAAAGGCAAAUAAACGAAAUGGUUAGCGAAAAGUCUGUGACUAAAAAGGAAAGGGAGAUUAGAAACAUGAUGGAAGUUGCUAAGUUGAUUCAAAAGGCUACAGACACCACAAAUACUCUGUUUGAGAAUUCUGAGAACUUCAAAUUCAAAAUCAAAAGAGAGUAGAUCAAAUAAGGAGGUGAGCCAGCUUAGAAUAAACCUAAAUUGCUAUAACAGCAAAACUCAAGAAAGAAUAUCAAGACGAAUGAUCCAUUCAAGCAUGCUGAAGCUAAGCUUCAAAAUACUACUUUAAACACACAGACUCAGCAGCCUCCUAGAUCUUAACAAUCUUAAAGAUCGAGAGUUGACGAUAAUUAAUCCAAUAUAAAUCUUGCUGAUUCGCAUAGAGAUGAAGAAGCAGACUAAAUUUAAGACGAGAGAUAGGCAUUUAAGGUCUUUGAGCAAGAUAAAGAUGAUGAUAUCUUAUCUAAUUUGGAUAAAAUGAUAUUCAACCUUUAGGCUUAAUAAUAGAAAUGCUAGAACCUAGUAGUUUACCCAACUGUCAAUCCUUCCUUUGGCGUCUAGGACUAAGCUUUGCUAUAAGAAGGGCAGUAAUUCCAAGUUUAAUAAGAUGAUCUCGAGGGAUAAAAUGAAUAGCAUUACCCAGAAGAUUAGAACUAAUAAUAGCAAUAAUAACCAAGAAGCAGACCUUUUUCAAGUUUCAAUAGACCUCCAAGCAACAACUUGAAUAAAAGCAGAUCUAAGUCGAACAAGAAAAAUAGACCUAUAAGUGCUGUUGAUGAUCAACAAAACCCCCAGAAAUUGGGUAAAUAUGCUUAAAUGGCUCUUCAAAAUUAGGAUUAAGUUUCGUAGGGUUCUAAGAAAUCUCUCGGCAGAUUCGCUCAAAUGGCUAUCUAAAACGGAAUUAAUAAUCCAUAGAUAAUCUAAGAGGUUCAGCAAAGAUACAUUGGAGAUGAAGAAAUGUAAUAACAGCAGUAUGCUUUUAACCAAUAAAUGCAAUAGUAAAAUAUGCUUAACUAUUAGAACGUCUAGUAAAGUAUCCUUAGACCUGUCAGCGGAAAAUCUAACUCAACGAGAUAUUAAUAGAAUUUCAAGCCAAGUUCACAGGGUUAGAGAAAUAAAUCAGGAAGUAGAGGUAAUUAACAAAUGUUUUAUGAUGAGGAAAGCGAUGACUAUACAGCAUAGAUUGCCUACUCUAAUUAAUUAGCAAGUAAUGAACAUCAAUAGCAAUAACAAUAUGACUAUGAUGAUCAAGAUGAUAGUGGUUUUAACAUAGCAUACGUAAGAAAUGAGAGAGAAGCAGAAAUGGAGUGA